UCCAACUACAAAACACAAAGAAAAAUUAAAAGUUAAUAUUCAAGCUUGUGGGGGCGUUUUGCCUUUUGGGGUUCUUUCUUUCUUACUUUUUUUCCUUUAUGAUGGCUGAGACCGAGGCUGACCAUGGUUUUGAGGGGGACCAGGAGACUGCAACAACAACUACUACUAGUAGUAGUUUUUCUCAGUUAUUGUUUGGUGGUGGCCAUGAUGAUGAUGGUGAUACUCUUGGUCCUGCCCAGAGUUUUAACUACACUUGCUCUUCGUUUGCUGUGAAGAGUACACCCAAAAUGCUUUGCUUUGGGGGAUGCCAUCCAAAUGAUGCUGACAUAGUGCUUGGUAAACCUGCUAUUAAUGCUGCUCCUAAAGCUGGGCUCACAUGCAGUGAUUCUUCCUCGACUUCUUCUGGUAACAACACCAAAUCGAUGCAGUGCAGGGGUGCCAUUGUUGAAGCUCAACCGACAAGGCGAAGAACCAAUAAAAGGUCCAAAGUCGAGAACCCCACCACCGGCGGCCAUGCAAAGGUGAGGAAAGAGAAGAUAGGAGAUAGAAUCAAUGCAUUGCAGCAGCUGGUUUCACCAUUUGGCAAGACAGAUACGGCAUCAGUACUCCAUGAAGCAAUGGGUUAUAUCAGGUUCCUGCAUGACCAGGUUCAAGUCCUUUGCUCUCCUUACCUGCAACACCCGCAUGAUGGUGAAAACAACGGAGGUGAAGAAUCAAGAAAGGAACUGAAGAGCAGGGGGCUGUGCCUGGUCCCCGUUGCUUGCACUGCACACGUGGAGAAUAGCAACGGUGCCGAUUUCUGGUCGCCGGCGACGAUGGGAAACAAUGUAAUAAUAAGGCAGUGAAACUGUGAAUUUAUAUGUAGCUAGUUUUUUGAAGUAUACUUUGUUAGAAUUUUAGGGCUAACUUGGUAAAGAGCUAAGCAGUGCCAUUUUUGUCUGGAAAAAAAAGAUUUUGAUAGCUCUGUAUCUUGAAAUGGAUCAUCAAAAGGGGGUAAAAAAGGAGUAGAAAAAACCGGAACCUGGGAAAGGUAAACACCUGGUUCAGAUAUGAAAGACAUUCAUGGAAAUAUGUCAUAUAAUAUUAUGUAUGUUGUUGAAAAAAAGUUGCUUGUUCUUUUUUUUUCCCCUUUUUUUUCUUUAGGAAGCAGCAUGUGGUCCUAAGUGGGGGUUUGGGGGGGGGGGGUCAGAGUUGAAAAUCUUCGAGGCUCACGAUCAAUUUCCAAAGCAGUUUUGAGAAGAGGGCUGAUUGCAGAGGUGCCUAAUGGGUGACUUGGAUUGGAUGGGUCUAUAUAAUCUUUUGGUUCUUCUUCUAUUCAAGUUCUUUUUCAAUUUUUUUUUCAUUUCUUUUUCUUCGCUUUGUUGUGCAUGGCGGUGUCGUAUCAUGAAGCUCCGAAUAUGUGUCGAAAAAUUAUAUAAUCUUUUGUUUUCACCAUUCUAGCCCUCUCUAACUUCCUUUCCUUUGACUGAAUAUGUGGUUGUGAAACACACCGAGUGCUGGACUAAGACCAAAGUGUUUACUACUUUACAACCAUUCUUCAACCCUCUAAGAAGUGCCAAGGAGCAUUUAAAGUCGAGCAUUCUCCACAAACCUUCUCAAUCCUAGCUUUAGCAGUCUCAGUAAAACUAAGCUUUGAUUUUCAAAGCUGGAACCUCAAACUUUUAUAUCAUCCAUCACUACCCCCACUACAACACCAAUCUUGUCUUCCUUUUCGGUGGAGGCUUGUUAACUUUGCUCGUAAACAAUGGUUUCAAUAUCACAGCAUUGAAUUUGCUCUCAGUUCUUCUUACAAGGAAAGGAUAAAGCUUGACAUCAGAUUUGGAUUCUUUGCUCUUACUGCAACUAAAUUAUUCCUCAUUGCUGAAGUUCUUCAGUGGUGGUAAAGUGGAAGAGAUGACGGGACGUGCUUGAUGCUUGUGGCUUCAAAUUUAUACGAUUUAUUAUACUUUUUAUCUUCUCGAAGAAUCAUUUCAUUCCCCUUCUAUAUUUACCUCUUGCAUUUUAUGAUCUAUCGUAUUAAGA